GCCUGGAGAUGACUGCUGAGGCUUCCUCCACCCCCUCUGAAAGCUGCAUCCCCUUCUAUCCAAUGGCCACCCCUACUCACCUUUCCGUCCCUCUGCCCGAGCCCUGGCCCCACUACCCCCUGGCCCAGCCCCUGCCCCCACCUCCACCUGAGCCCUGGCUGCUGCCCCAAGGCCCUUGUCAUGAUUCUGCCCUGCCGCUGGGCUCUGGACAAGAGACGUGGGCAGGGGCCUGGGGUGGGUCCCAGCUGGAGGCUGCUCCAUGCUUGAAGGCUGAGCCGGGACCAGGGCUGGAGCUGGGCCUCAGGAGGACUGGGCCUGGGUCAGGGCCCGAGGUCAGACUGGGACCCGGGACAGGCCUGAAGGCCGAAUUGAUGGGGACAGGGACAAUUCUGGGUGUGGAGGCCAGGCUGGGCCUCAGCAAUGGAGCUGGCCCAAAGGUUGAGUCAGGAUCUGGGACCGAGCUGGGCUUUAGGCCCAGUCUAGGCCAAAAGACCGAACAUGAGGCUGGGAUCGGACUUGGUCUCAGGGCUGGGACAGGACUUCCGUCUGGACUGGGCCUCGGGACAGGAACAGGCCUGAAGGGCCCUGCCAGACUAGGCCGGGAGACCUGCAGCCGUGACGAGCGACGGGCCCGAGCCCUGUGCCUCCCCAUUCCCACAGAAGCGAUUGUGCAGCUACCAGUUGAGGAGUACAACGAGCUGCUGUCUAGGCACCGACUGAGUGAGGCCCAGCUGGCCCUGGUAAGGGACAUCCGCCGACGAGGCAAGAACAAGGUGGCAGCCCGGCACUGCCGACGUCGUAAACUGGAGGCUGUGGCUCGGCUGCAGAGGGAGCUGGGUGGCCUACGGGGCCAGAGGGAGCGGCUGGCCGGUGAACGUGAACGGGUGGGACGAGCCUUACUUCAGGCCCAGGCACGGCUGGCACAGCUUGGACAGCGGGUGCUGGCAGCUCUGCGGGACCCUGGCGGACGACCCUACCCUCCUGGGCAGCUCACCCUGCAGGUGGGGGCUGAUGGGGGGGUGUUCCUGCUGCAGGAGGGGGCAGCAGGGUGUGAGUGAGUGCAGUCUAAGAAUAGAGCCUUCCUGGUGCAGUUUGGGUCAAGAGGGGGAA